AUGUUUUUUUUCCUCUCCCCCCCUCUGCUGCUGGAUGCGACCGCAUUGCAACAAAGUUACAGUCGACACAUUUGAAUUCUAGUUGCGGAGUUUGGAUUUGCUACAUUGUAGCGGCGCGCCGACUGUCACUGUGUCUUUCUCAGUUGUUUUCGGGGUUAAAAAACAUUUCGUGUGCGUGUUGGUGACUAAAAAGCCUGAUUGGCCCGUGUGGAAACAAGGGAGCUCGGUUUUCUAACUGCUCCCAGUUGCGUGCCAGACUCUGUUUGUGGUCACCGAUGUUAAAGGUGGUUGUUUCCUCUCCCCAACCUAAACGAAUGUAGCUUCUGGAUAUUUACGGGACUUGUGCGGUUUGUUCUUUUACUUCAUUUUAUCGUGUUUUUUUACGAAGCCCUAGUGACCUCAGUGUUGUGUUUUUAUUAAUUUAAUCGACUUCAGUUGAUGUUUACUGCCUGCAGACGCGUCUGCAUGGUAGUAGUGUAAACCAGUCAGUCAUAAAUUUUGGUGUGGAUGCCAUUGUCCAGGUAAUAACGGUCGCAUUUUGACAGUUUUGGUGGGGAAAAAAAGCAUAACAUAACACACUGAUUCCAAAGCAACAUGCCCAUUAGGCGUUUUGGGGCUCACAAGUCUCUUGUCUCUCACUCUCAACCUCCAAAGCUGUCCUAUGGUUACACGAAAAUGAAUGUUUCAAAAAGUGGGUACCGUGUUUUUUCUGCCAACUCCACCACCGCCUCGACCGAGCUGGCCAAGAAGAUCACAGAACGCUUAGGUGUUGAGUUGGGCAAGUCAGUGGUUUAUCAGGAGGCAAACAGAGAGACUCGAGUGGAUGUCAAAGAGUCCGUCCGUGGGCAAGACAUCUUUAUCAUCCAGACCAUUCCCAGAGAUGUUAACACGGCCAUCAUGGAGCUGCUGAUCAUGGCUUAUGCCCUGAAGACUUCCUGUGCUAAGAACAUCAUCGGCGUCAUCCCCUACUUCCCUUACAGCAAGCAGUGCAAGAUGAGGAAGAGGGGAUCCAUUGUCUGCAAGCUGCUAGCAUCCAUGCUCGCUAAAGCUGGCCUAACUCACAUCAUCACCAUGGAUCUCCACCAGAAGGAGAUCCAGGGCUUCUUCAGCUUCCCCGUCGACAACCUGAGGGCCUCGCCCUUCCUCAUUCAGUACAUCCAAGAGGAGAUCCCAGACUACAGGAAUGCUAUAAUCGUUGCAAAGUCCCCAUCAGCUGCCAAAAGAGCUCAGUCCUAUGCUGAGAGGCUGCGGCUAGGGCUGGCUGUGAUCCAUGGAGAGGCCCAGUGUUCAGAGUCGGACAUGGCUGAUGGCCGACACUCGCCCCCUUCGUCCCGGACCACCACAGGUCACACCGGCCUGGAGCUGCCAUUAAUGAUGGCGAAGGAGAAGCCACCUAUUACUGUUGUAGGAGAUGUAGGAGGCAGAAUCGCCAUCAUUGUUGACGACAUCAUAGAUGACGUGGAGGACUUUGUAGCAGCUGCAGAAAUCCUGAAGGAGAGAGGAGCCUACAAGAUCUACAUCAUGGCCACACAUGGCCUGCUGUCUGCCGAGGCGCCAAGACUCAUCGAGGAGUCUGCGAUCGAUGAGGUGGUAGUGACCAACACUGUUCCUCAUGAGGUACAGAAGCUGCAGUGUCCAAAGAUCAAGACUGUCGAUGUCAGUAUGAUUCUGGCUGAAGCCAUCCGACGCAUCCACAAUGGAGAGUCCAUGGCCUAUCUGUUCCGCAACAUCGCCGUGGAUGACUGAGGCAACCCACGCAAACACACAUUUACAUUCCUGUACACACUAAGCACACAUGACAAACACACAUCAAGGACCAAGAACCAACCACAUACUACAUUUUUUUUGUUUGUUUUGCUAAUUACCCCUCCUUGACAAAAAUUGCUUGUACUUGCUGUAUGUUACAUGAAAGAAAUUUCUGUCUCAACGUUCACAGUCUGCUUUAUUCCAACAGUAUGUUAAAUAUGGGGACUGUACAAACAGCACAAAGUGUUUCACUGCAUUAGUGUUUCCUUCCUCUCGUGUGAAGAGGAAAAUAGUGUUACAUUAUGUAUUGUAUGCAGCCUCCCAGUAUGCACCGGUAUUUGGCUAAUAAAAGUUAUUCUUGGAUAAGUAA